CAGGAAUCCGAGCAGCGGGCGGUGGCUCCGGUGGCCUGGUCCUGCCCCGUCCCAGCCCUGCUCCCAGCGGGACGCGUUUGGACCCCGAUGGACGCGACUGCCCGGGGGCUGAGGGCAGGGCAGGCCCCCGGGGCAUCGAGGGGCUCUGCUGGCCUGACCCCGGCCCGGUGAGGAUGUGCCAAGUGGCACGGGGCACGUCCUUUGGGGCUGUCCCCAAAUGCCCCAUCCCUGUGCCAAGAAGGGACGGCUCAGUGCCACCCCACACCCUCGUCUCAGGCCACCCCGAUCCUGGCAGCCACCGAAAGGUGCUGAUGAAAACGGGGCUCAUCCUCCUCAUCGUCGGGCACCUCAACUUCAUCACCGGGGCCCUCGUCCACGGCACCGUCCUGCGCUUCGUGGUCACUGCCCGGGACGCCACGUCCCUGCACUACGGUGUCACCAACACCGCCUCUGUCAUCGCUGCGCUGCUGACCAUCUCCUGUGGGGUCUCUGCCCUGCUGCUGUCCCGUUACCUCGGCCCUGCUGCCCUCGUAAGCACCCCCAGCCCCUCUCCCAGCACCCGGGGGCUGCAGGCCUCCCAGGGAGCCCCCACAGCUCCUCUGUGGGCUCCGUCCUGGGGAGGGAACAUCCCCACGUCCCCGCGCUGCCUCUCCUCUCCCUCCUGCAGAAAUGGGCGCUGCUCGCCCUGAGCGCCUGCAGCAGCCUGUGCUGCCUGUGCUGCCUGCUGGGGCUGCUCGUGGCCAUCGGGCUGACCCUGGGCAACCAGGGCCGGGUGCUGCUGGCCCCCUGCUCCAUCGCCAACAUCGCCCUCGCCCCGGUGUCCCGCGAGUGCCCCUUCGAUCCCACCCGCGUCUAUAGCUCCACGCUGUCCCUCUGGGCCAUGUCCCUCCUGCUUGAGGCCAUGGAGAUCUUCUUCAGCAUCCGCUGCCUCCUGCUCACCCUCGGCCUCCUCCACCUCGGCUGCUGCUGCCGUGGGAUGCUCCGGAGGAAGGUCUCCUUGCAGGCAGCUCCUGUGGAGAGCCCUGCCCCCGGGCAGUGCCUGGCCUUGCUGAGGCUGGACAGUGUGGAAGUUGCCCGGCUCUGAGCGGGGCCUGAGGGAUAAUUGACCCUGUGGAUGUGUCCUGGCAGUUUCCUACCCCAUCCCAGCACCGGCACAGCCCCACGACAGGACUCUGCUGCCUCCCAGCCCGGCUGUUGUGUGGACACAUCCCCUGGAGCACGAGCCCAUCCCAUGGCCUGGGGCUGCAGCGAGGGAGGAAACUGGGCUGGAUCCCGUCCCUGCAGGGAGGAACUUUCCCCGGGGGUUCCACGGCCCCUUCCCCAGCACGGACUGCACUGACACGAACUUUAUUCUGCGGGUAUUAAAAGCCCAGAAGCGCGGCCCCCCCGCGGCCCCACCCCCCUGCGCUGGUGUGGGGAAGGGGCUGACCCGGUCAUGCCCGUGGCAGUGUCCUCAUGCGGGGGGGGGGGGGCGGUUCUGGGGACCCCCCAGCCACCGGGUCUUUGUCCCCUGGGCCGCGUCCCCGCGCCUGCCGGAGAUGCAGCAGUGGCUCGGCCGCCAGGCUGGGUUGUCCCCUGCUCCAAGCCCCGGUGCUGGGGGGGACUGUCCUCACUCAGGGCUGACCCUGCCUCCAUCCUCCCACCAGUCAAGCCAGUGCAGGAGCCCCCUCGGGAUGGGGACUGUCCCCUGGGCUCCCCUCACCCAGCUGGGCUUCAGCUCUCAUCCCACAGGGGGCUGUGGGGGCACAGCGGGGACCACAGGGACCGGGCAAGGGACAGUGACCGUCGGCAGGGUCGGGGGUGGCGGGGGAGGCUGCAGGGGUCGGCGGGGCUCAGAACUGCAUGGCCCCGCUGGGGUCGCACUGCAGCAGGCGCACGAUGGACGGGUCGCUCUUGGCCCCUCUGAUGAACUCCUCCAGCGAGAGCUUCCCUGCGGGGAAGGGGACACGGUUCAGCCGCCACCCGGCACCAGAGACCACCCAGCGCAGCCCAGGGACACCCCCCCACCCGGGAGGAGCACCCUGGGGUGCCCGGCACCCUGAGCCCCUCCGGCCACUGGGGCCACGCCAGCGGACACGAGCCAUUUAAUCAGCGUGCGUGCGGCUCCUUCUAAGAGCCCCGGAUUUAGCCAUGAGACCUUGCCCUAAUCCCCUCCAUCUCCUCUCAUUUACCGUCGUUAUUAGUAUCCAUCUGUCGGAA